AUGGCGGCCUCUACUUCUAUUCCUCUGAAAUGGAGGCUCAAAGACUACGUUACUUCACAUACUUUUGGCACCAUUGCUGGCAACUCCUCAUCCCCCAACUCCAUUUCGCCAGCUACCCACAGCUUGGGUAGCACCCUCACCAUCCCUGCUAGGGAGUCAUCUCCACCAGAACUCGAUUCUAUCCCAGGAGCUUCGUCCGCAACCACAAUUACCAAUGACAGAGAAUCAUUCAGCCAGCCUCCAGAGCGGUCUGUCUCUCCAAGGUUGCCGUUGCGAUACGAUAAGGAAAGGAUCGCAAGCGCUCUCCGAACCCACUGCUUGAGGGAGAAGGUAGACCGGGGAGUCCAGACGGAGCCUGAAAAUGAAAACCAAGAUAUACACAGAAGCAGUAGCAGCCAUCCGCCAACAUUGUUCGGCUCUGACUCUACUCAGUUUCCACUCAGCAAUGAGAAACUCGCUGAGGUGUGCAACGCAGUAGGCAGGGCCUUUGACAGAAUGGUUGAGAAAUACAACCAGCUGGAGAAGAAGGGGAUGCAACUUCUGACUGAGCCCGCCAACAAGGAGAACACGGCGCCCAUCAAGCCGCUCACUACGCGGAGGCGGGGUCGGUAUGUGACACUAGGAUUGCCACUCAGGAGGUCGCCACGAAUACUGGGGAAAAAGUAA